CACAGUGGAGAACCUGGGGUUGAGCUGUCUAAUACGUGGCGGUUAACUGGCUUGGGAUUGUUGCGAGCAUUCUGGGCAUCUGGAUAUAUACCACGCUUUUCCCACCCCUGUCUGCCGCUCCAACUGGGACACUCAUACAGUAUACAAUACUGUCGUCGCAAUGGCUGACUCUACCAAAGCCGAUAUCAGCCACGUCGAACAUCUUGAAGAUGGCGGAGCCACGCCCAACAAGAGGAAGGUUAUGGGGACUGUGAAGCUCACGGAGGGCAAGAUCGUUUAUAUCCCCACGCCAACGGCGGAUCCCAGAGACCCCCUUAAUAUGGCAAUGUGGCAAAAGUGGAUUGUGCUUGUGGUCAUCUCCAUCUUUUCGACACUCGGUCUCGCUCUGGUCAGUGGGUUUGGGGGACUCUUGGGCUUCUAUAUCCCGGAGUACAGCGCGCUGGGCAAGGACUAUGAGGAUAUCACACAUUUAAUGACCUAUCCGACUUUGUUCAUGGGCAUUGGAAAUCUAAUCGGAAUGCCGGUCGCGAUUGGUGUUGGCCGACGAAUCGUCCUUUUAGUAUCAACCAUCAUCCUUGUCGUCGGAGCAAUCCUCUGCGCUCUCGAAAAGACCUACGAGUGGCAUCUCUGGUCACGGUGCGUGGUGGGCCUAGCUGCCGGGCAAAGCGAAGCCCUCGUUCCCAUGAUAACCCAGGAGAUAUUCUUCCUCCACGAACGCAGCAAAGCUCUCAUGGGCCAGCAGGCUAUCCAGGUCAGUCUAACAGCAGUUUGGACUCUAUUCGCCAGUGAAAUUGCCAAUGCCAUUACGCCACAGUGGUGGUACGGCCUCGGUGCUAUACUCUCUGGUGCACAGCUUGUCCUUGCGUUCUUCUUCCUUCCCGAGACAAAAUACGAACGCACUCUUGCAUCCUUCCAGGAGGGGGACUCUGGCGAAGAUACAGAUGGGACUGAGGCUAUCAAAGGAGGACAAGCCGGGGCCUGCACUGAGCGUCCACCGCUGGACUUCGAACGGUAUGCGCCGCGGACGUGGAAGUCUGAUAUGCGUCUUUGGAUCGGGAAACCGGAUUGGGUGAAGGUUUGGGAAGUUCUACGGCAAACAUUCGAGCUCCUUCUCUUCCCCAAUGUCUUCUGGGCCCUCUGCCUAAACGGCCUGACAAUAGGGACAAACAUCGCCAUCGGAACAACAUACGCCACGAUCCUCCAGGCUCCUCCAUACAACUGGCCCAACAGAAGCACUAGCUACGUGAACUGCGGGCAAAUCGUCGUCGCCCUUGCCGCCCUCCCCGUCCUUGGCCACGGAUCCGACUACAUAGUGAAGUACUUCGCAAAGCGCAACAACGGGUUGCACGAGCCAGAAAGAAGAAUAAUAUCUCUGAUCUUCCCGAUUAUUGUUGGGACGUUCACCGCCGUCCUCUACGGCCAGGGGGGCCAGUAUCCGGAGCAGUACCACUGGUUCAUCUACGUCUGGGCCGUGGCCGCGUAUUACUUCUGCUUCGUGGGUGCCAAUAUCGUCGCGAUCACGUAUCUCCUUGAUAGCUAUCCAGCGCGCGCGGGGCCGCUGUUGGUUAUUAUCUGUGCGUUUCGGGGGAUUAUAUCAUUUGGGACAAGCUAUGGGACUGCGAGGUUUGUGGAGACUCAUGGGUAUGACGGGGCCUUUGGGACGUUUGCGGGUUUGACUGCUGCUUUGGGGGUGUGUGGGAUUCCAGUUUAUAUCUGGGGGAAGAAGAUUAGGGGGUUGACUGGGAAGUUUGCGAGGGAUGCUAUUAUUUCUUGAGAUUCUAUACUUGCUUGGUUGCUUAGGGUUGGUCGUGCCGCUUGCUAGUAUGUGGCCUGUUUGAUGGGCUGGCUGUGGACUUGCUCUCUUCGAUACACUCAAUCAUCUAUCUGGAAUAUCACCUCCGUGGUAUCCUAGGACGGGUCUUGGUAUUCGGGGUAUCUAGUGUAAAUGGACGAAUACAGCUAUAUCCCGGCGGGCCAUAUGUCUAGGCAAGCCACGCGCCGGGGAAUCUGCAGAAC